AUGGCGAACCCAGAAGAACCAAAAUCUACUGCUCCGGCGGAGAACAACAUGUAUUCAGUGUGGGCCCUCCCUCCGGAUGACGUGGCGCCCAGGCUGAAGAAGCUGAUGCAGGGCAUCCGGGACGAGUUCAGUGGGCCCGAGUUCGAGCCCCACAUCACCGUUGUGGGGGCCAUCAGCCUAACCCCUGAGGACGCCCUCAACAAGUUCAAAUCGGCUUCGCGGGGCCUCAAAGCCUACGAUGCCAAAGUUGAUCGUGUGGCUACCGGCGGCACUUUAUUUUACCAGUGUGUUUUUCUCCUCAUAAAUCCAACCCCUCAGGUGGUGGAAACUAGUGCACACUGCUGUGGCCAUUUCGGUUUCAAUAGCUCCACUCCUUAUUUCCCACACUUGAGCCUCCUUUACGCGGACCUGACAGAUGAAGAGAAGAAGAAAGCUCAAGAAAAAGCCAACAGUCUUGAUGAGAGCAUUGGCAGCCUGAGCUUCCCGGUAACUCGCCUUGCAUUGUACAAAACCGACACCGGAGAUAAAACUCUCAAAUCAUGGGAGAAGAUUGCUGAGUGCACCCUUGAAGCCAACUAG